CAAAAAUAAAAGUGUCACAUUCAUGAAACUUGCUCCAUUUAUUGGUACCAGUCCUAGAACCAUACCCAGAAAAAUCAACCAGCGCAAUGACGGUCAAGCAGCUGUUAUUGACAGCUACGCUAUGACCGCCAUCUGGAAACACAAAUUUGGAAGAAUCCGGGUUGAUCCAAUGGCACACAGUCAUCGUGGGAAUUGUGAACGAGAACCAUCAUUGGAUGUUGGUGGUAAUGUACCCCCAUGAGAAGAAAACCCUCUUCUUGGAUCCACUUGGAGAAGGGAAAGGCAAAACGAAGGUGUGCCUGCAGUCUACAAGAGCCUUUAUGAGGAUGAAAGGCUGCAAGGUGUCAAGAUGGACAUGCAGCACCCUCCCCCAUAAUCGCCAACAAGACAGCACAUCCUGUGGUGUCCUGGCCUUAAAAUUUGCAGAGAAGAUUUUACUGGGGGAGUCAAUUGAGUUUGAAACCUCACAGAAGGCAGUGCACGAGCUGAGGCUGGACAUUGCUACUUCUCUCCUCAGAGAAUCUGAUGAUCUAAGCAGGCUUUGCUUUUACUGCGGGAUGGAGGAGCAGGAUGAAGAACAUUGGAUUUGCUGUGACAUUUGUCAGCAGUGGUACCACCACCAAUGUGUACAAAGGCCGCCAGUUGAUCAACCGUACUUGUGCCCUGGAUGCACAUAAUGCCCCGAGGGAACCAUCAUUAACUGUCCACUGUCAUUUCAACCAAUGCAACUAUUGUUUGGCCUGUUAUAAAAUGCACCCCACCCCAAAAGAGGUUUCUAUGAAUCCCACUGUCAAGCAUUU